AUGACGAUUGGUAGUUUAGCACCUAAGACAGAGAAGAAGAAAUCGAGGAAGAACAAGGCAGCGGUUUAUGAGAAUGCACCUUUGUUGCCAAAAAGUCAGGUUCAGGAGAGUGCUGCUGGGUUUGAUGAUUUCAAUGGAGCUUCAUUUUCUGGGGCUGUUUUUAACUUAUCCACCACAAUUAUUGGUGCUGGAAUCAUGGCCUUGCCUGCAACCUUGAAACAGUUGGGAUUGGUGCCCGGCCUUCUUGCUAUCAUCAUCAUGGCCUUGUUGACAGAGAAGUCAAUUGAGCUUUUGAUUAGGUUUACCCGGGCAGGGAAGUCUGUUUCUUAUGCUGGUCUCAUGGGGGAUUCCUUUGGGAAGUAUGGAAAAGCGCUGGUGCAGAUAUGUGUUAUAAUCAAUAACAUUGGUGUGCUGAUUGUUUACAUGAUUAUAAUCGGUGAUGUGCUCUCUGGAACAUCUUCCGGUGGAAAUCAUCACUAUGGUAUCCUUGAAGGAUGGUUUGGCGUGCACUGGUGGACAGGGCGAACAUUGGUUGUACUUUUUACAACACUCGCCAUAUUUGCACCCCUCGCAAGCUUUAAAAGAAUUGAUUCAUUGAGAUUCACAUCAGCCCUUUCAGUCGCACUAGCAGUUGUUUUUCUAGUCAUUGCUGUGGGAAUUGCAGUUGUCAAGAUAAUAAGUGGAGGCGUUGCGAUGCCCAGACUCUUCCCGGUCACCACAGAUGUGGCAUCAUUCUUUAGACUAUUCACUGUAGUUCCUGUGUUUGUGACUGCCUAUAUCUGUCACUACAAUGUUCACAGCAUAGACAAUGAACUUGAGGAUUCCUCACAGAUGCGAGGGGUUGUACAAACUGCCCUGGUUCUAUGCUCUUCAGUUUAUGUAAUGAUAAGCUUCUUUGGGUUCCUCCUAUUUGGCGAAGGAACUCUUGAUGAUGUGCUGGCAAAUUUCGAUACCGAUCUUGGAAUCCCUUUUGGUUCUGUUCUCAAUGAUGCUGUUCGUAUAAGCUACGCAGCACACCUGAUGCUUGUAUUCCCAGUUGUCUUCUAUCCAUUGCGGCUCAAUAUAGAUGGUCUCCUCUUCCCUUCAUCAAGGCCUCUGGUUCUGGAUAACUUCAGAUUUGCAUCUUUGACUAUUGCCCUUAUUGGUGCUAUCUUUCUUGGAGCAAAUUUCAUACCCAGCAUUUGGGAUGCUUUCCAGUUUACUGGAGCAACUGCCGCAGUCUGUAUAGGAUUCAUUUUUCCAGCUGCCAUCACUCUUAG